AUAGGACCUCUUCGACACAGGAAAAUAAGUUAAAAAUUAAACAUUUAUUAAAUAUCUCUUUCCCUUCAUUUGUCUCCCUCUCCGAUCAAUCUGAAACUAUCCAUCCAGAACCCAAGAAGAAAAAUAAAAGGAAGUUAAUAAAUUGGAUGCUCUGAUUAUAGUAUACAAACCAAAAGAGAAUUUAUUUAUUUUUACAUAUUUGGUUGAAUAUAUUUGAGAGGCAUAGACAACGGGUCUAAUUCACGACGCAGCUUCAGACCCGAUCUCGGAAAAUGGACUCCGAUCUCUGGACCUCUCGUCUAGCCGCCGCGAAGCGCCAACAAGCCUUGCAGCAGCAGCACCGCAACCAGAGCUCCUAUCUGGAUCGAUUGAGCUUCGAUGAUUUCGAGGUGGAGGAGGAGGUGCGUCCAGAUUUUCCCUGUCCUUAUUGUUAUGAGGAUUUCGACAUCGCUUCUUUGUGUGCGCAUCUGGAAGACGAGCAUUCUUGCGAGUCUAAAGUCACCGUUUGUCCUAUAUGCUCUGUUAAAGUUGCACGGGACAUGCUAAGCCACAUUACGAUGCAACAUGGACAGUUGUUCAAGUUGCAGAGACGUCGCAGAUUACGUAAAGUUGCAAUACCUAAUAGUCAGGCUCUAUCUCUCCUUGGGCGAGAUCUCCGUGAGGCCCAUCUGCAAGUGCUUCUAGGUGGUGGUGGUGGUGGAUACCGGUCAAGCAAUGCUAAUGUGUCUAAUGCAGCAGCUACUGAUCCAUUCCUUUCAUCACUUAUUUUGAAUUUCCCUGCAUCAGAGGCGGAAGAAAUUUCAAAAUCUGUGGUACCAAGUUCUGAGGAUGCUUCUAUGAAAAAUGCAGCUCCAGCACACAUGUGGAAAUCAAGUUAUGAUCCUUCUUUGAGCUCUGAAGAACGGGAGAGAAGGAUGAAUCAGGCAGCUGGAAGAGCAGGUUUUGUCCAAGAUUUGCUUCUCUCAACCCUAUUAAAAGACCAGUGAAAGAUUUGAGUUGGAUGAAGAACAAUGGAAUUAGUUAUUAUUGGUUUUAGUUAUUAAACAAUCCAACCCCCAUGCCUCAUUUUAAGAAUACUCAUCCUUGUAUAGCCUUCCUUAGCCAGAAGACAUGUACUCUUACUUACUCUGGAGAAACAAUGAUCUUUUUUAGCUUAUGAAGAAUUUUAUAUUAUGAAUCUUGUUCAAUUUUUCUUAUAAAACGUUUCAGCUUUGCAUCAAA